AUGCUUGUCAAUCUCAGCAGCGACCUUGGCUCUCUUAGCAACAAGUGCGUCUUAGCAACAGCCUUCGGGGAUCUGCGGUUUGAACUCUCAGCACUUGUAUUUUUCCAAGGAGAUUCAAACUUUUACAGCCCCAAAAGGAGUUUUCUCAAGGGUACGUCGAAGAGGCUUCCCUCUCCCCACUUCAGUUCGACAGUAUCAGUUAGAGAAGAUGAAGAACCUGAAAAUCUGGCAGUUGCAGAUUACCCACAUAUUUAUCCUUUAGUGUUAACUACCAAGACUCAAGAUAUAUUCGGCCUUCGAAUAGAUGAAGAUGUCACAGACGAAAAACCUUAUAAACUUAUCAAAAAAGAAGCCAUUUUUUCAGACUUCAUAAACAGAGCUGCAGUAUCUGAUUUCUAUCCAUUAAAAAAAGUCAUUCAGGAAUAUCCUGGAGAUGAGAUUAUUGUUGUUUAUGACAAAGAAUUUAAAUACGGACUUAACUUUUAUCUUAUUGGAACAGAAGAGGGCAAGGAACUCUAUUUAAAUUCCCUGGAGGCACUAGAAGAACAGAACGAAAGUAAAAUUUUUCCUGAUGAAGCAUUUAUUUAUUAUCCACCUGUCUCUAAACCGUGGGUUUCACUGGGCAGUGAAAAAGAAAUUGAGGAAGAAUCCGUUAAGGAAUCUACAAAACAGAUUGCAUACAUGAUUUCUCGAAAACGCUAUGAUUUUGGUGCACCAGUUCAAUUCAAAGACCAUAAUGCUUCCAGUGUAAAGGACGGUUACAUCGAAUGUACAUCUUACCCAGAUAAAAAUUUUACCGUUAAGAUAUUUGAGAAAGAUGUUGGCAUGCAAGUAGUUCCUAAAAUCAAGGACACAAGUACUCAGACAAAAUGGACUUAUCCACAAAAUGCCGCUACCCAAUACUAUGCAAGAGAAUUUUCAGAAGAAGAAAAAGAGGAACUGGGAAAAUCAAAACAUUUGGCUGAUUUCCUUGGCAAUGUGGUCACAAGUGUUGAAAUAGCCCUGCAGCAAAAUGAAAUCAUGAAUACCUUCUAUGAUGAUUGGAGGUGUCUGGCGGAGGAGGAAGGCACCUUUGGGGACAAGACUGACACCCACCUGAAGGAGUACCAGUCCUUCACUGACCUGCACAACCUAAUGGAGAAAAUGAUCACCUGCAUCGCCUGGCAUCCUGUUAUCUACGGGCUCAUAGCUGUGUCUUUGGCUGUGCGAAUGACCUAUGAGGAGAGAGUUCACUCAUCUGGCAAACUAUUGCUGCAACCUUCACUGAUCCUUUUCUGGAGUUUCUCUGAUCCCAUACAUCCUCAGCUAAUGCUGGAAAGCCCAGAGGAUAUCUUCUGCUUCGAUUUCUGUCCAAGUGAUCCAAAUAUCAUUGCUGGAGGCUGCAUAAAUGGACAGAUUGUCCUAUGGGACAUUACUUCACAUGCAGAACGCAUAGAAAACAUUAAGACGGGUGGUAAUCGAGGUAAAAAGGCUGUCCUCAAGCCUAUGUUUCUUCUUGAACCAGAAAGUAAUACAAAACCAACACAUAUCCAGAACUGUGCAGUCUCCUCAAUAGAAAAUGGACAUAGGAAACUGAUUACAGAUUUACACUGGCUGUCUGAUGCUUUUGAGAUUAACAGAAUGGGAAAUGUUUUUGAGAAUAGAAAUGGAGUCUCCUGUCAACUCGUCACAUGUUCCACUGAUUGCACAAUAUGCUUUUGGGAUGUCAGAUCACAGAAAAUUUUAGUUCCUCAACCACCCAGCCAACCACCUGCACAAGCACCUCCUCAGCCAACAGAGAAAAGGAAAGAAGAAAUUGUUGAAGUUUCUUUGGAUGUGCCACCUACAUUUUCACAUCUAGAUCUCUCCUGGAAACCCAUCACUAAGAUGAGGCUGUCUAAAGGUGAAACAACUUUAGAUCACUGCCCGACAAAGUUAACGCUGAGUAAAGACCAUUUCGCAUACAAAGGACAAGACAAGUCAGCCCAGAUCGCAGCAAUGAAGAUAGGAGAUAUGAGCCUAUACAAUAAUCUGGAAGUGGGGAUGACUGAUCACUUUAAGCCAAUAGAAGACUUCUGCACAAAGUUCUUUGUGGGAACAGAGGAAGGUGAAGUGAUAUACACAGAUUGGAAAAUGGAAAGAGACCCUGAAACUGGCCGAUUUUUGUCAAAGAAGCCAUUGAACCUGUAUGCCGUCCAUGAUGGAUCUGUUCACACGGUUCAGAGGUCACCUUUCUACAAGGACAUCAUCCUCACCAUUGGUGGAUGGAACCUGGCCAUCUGGAAAGAAGGGGUUACUGCUGGACCUCUCCUUCAGUCGUCCUGUUCAGCAAAAAGGUACACCUCAGGGCACUGGUCCCUCACCAGGCCUGGAGUCUUCUAUGUUGGCCGAGAAGAUGGAUACAUUGAUAUCUGGGAUCUCUUGGAGAAAACCCAUGAACCAGCCCAUUCCCAAAACAUUUGUAUAACUAACAUUACCUUCAUCAAACCCUGGACCUUCUCUGCUAAGCAGCAGUUUGUAGCCAUUGCCGAUUUUUAUGGAACUCUGCAUAUACUAGAAAUUCCUUGGUCAUUAAGUCACGCUUCCUCCAAUGAGAUAUCAAGCAUGAACCACUACUUUGAGAGAGAAGUCAAGCAUCUGGAAUAUGUUGAACAGCGCAAACUUAUUCGUAAACAAGAAAAGAUUCAAAUAGAGCUUGAAAAUGAGAAGAAGAAAGUUAGGACAUAUGUGAAGUCCAAAGAACUACUCGAGGCUGAGUUGAAAAUGGACUAUGAGGAGUACUUAAGUCUGGAACGGUCCAUCCUUGUGAAUCUUGGCCUGUCCAAAGUAACAGAGAAGUAGUACAGAAAAAUGCAGGGAAGCAAUCAUGGUGGGGUUGGCAGGGACUAUAUAGAACUUUCUUUUCUUUCCCUUUUUUCCUUUUAUUUGCAGUGCAUGGAAUUGAACACAGUCUCACACAUGGAAGACAUAUAUUCUACCACAGAGCCACAUUUCUGGUUCCUUUUUAUUUUUAUUAAUUAUUUUUAUGUAUCAUAAGCUAACAAACUGCACAUUAAAUUGCUUUAUUUAUAAAUAUUAAACAUUAUUUCUGUGCUGUUAAAACCUUUGAUUUAUAACAAUAUGAUAUUUAUUUCAAUUUCUGGACAACAGAGUUCCAAACUUUGUACUGAAUAUGAAAAACAUCAAUAAUGAAACUGUCAUU